AGGCGAGUGCCAAGCACUUCCAGGCGUUCCUGGUCGAUGGACUGGUCGAUGGACUGGUGAGGUGGAAUGAGGACCGUGCAGCGGCAGCUGCGGGAGAGGUGGAGCCUCUGCACUCCUACAGUGGCCACCUCAAGCACGUCCUUAACCAGAAGAGCCAAAGGGUGCUUGGCCGUCAGCUGGUUAAGGACUUCACCAAGCCUGUCGAGUACACAGGGGAGCUCAUCGGGGUGGAGUUCCUGUACAGGCAGACAGGCAAAGUGCUUGAGGACGUCAGCUUGGACCCCGACAUUCCGGACGAGGCUGCUGCCAUCCAGUCGCUGGAGGAGGUGGACGAGGGUAUCGAGGAAGACGUGGAGGACCCGACCGUCUUCCAGCCAGAUACCCCGACCGUCUUCCAGCCAGAUACCCCCUCCACCGGCACAGCAGCCCGGUCGAGUGAUCCGUCUGACUCACCCAGGUGUGUCCCUCUCAUGGCUGCCCCUCCUCCUCCCCCCCCUCCUCCUCCUCCUCUUCGAUUACUGCUCCCGGCUGGCCCUCUCACGGCUGCCCCUGCUGCUCAGCCUCCUCCUCUUCGUGUGCCCAGGACAACGGCCUACAGGAAGAGGAAGGCGGCGGAGGCUGAUGCUGCAAGGGGUGGGCCGUCGCCCUGGAGCAAAGCCCGCCAGCAGACAGGUCAAUACACCUGCAGCAAGUGUGGCCAGGCCAAGAGGAUCGACACUGGCCACACUCGCAUUGCAGGUGUGUCUCACUGCGCGGCUGCCGGUGGGAGAACUGUGGAGUAAUGGCGGGUGGAGAUGA